GCUCAAAAAAAUAAAUUCUGACGCCGUAUUCUUUCCCACGAACCCCUUUAAACCCCCUUCAGCCCUUUCACCUAUUCCCAAUUCCGCCGCAUUGCGACUAAAGGGGGGAAUAAGCCCAAUUCUUCUAUCUUUUCCUGAUUUUUUUCUUUGAUGAAUGGGAUUUUCCGUUAUCCUAUUGUCUUCUUGUAAUGAUCCGUUCUACUUCUUGACUCUCGUUAAAUCAGAUUGAUUUUCAUUCUACUGUGUGACACUUGUGUGGCGUAGCGCAAACUCCUCCCUACUUCAAGCGCGACUAGUCGAAAAGAGGCCACGAACACCUCUUUUUUCCUAUUUUCCACUUCGUCAAUUCCACCCCGCCGGUUUCCAUUGCAGUUACACUCUGCUUGGUUCGACACAAUAUGGCAAGGUCUAGUUCGGCGAAACCGCCUCCUACAAAAAGCGGAUAUACGCCUCUGAAGUCCAAGGAUCAAGUCAAGAAAGUUCACGAUGACUAUACUUCGGAGGGUGUAGAAGAUAAUGAUAUCUUCCUGCUUCCCGUAUCCGACUAUCAAGUCAUGCUAGUCUUGACUAUCGUCGGUGCCAUUGUUCGAUUGUUCCGCAUCUACCAGCCCACGAGUGUCGUGUUCGAUGAAGUCCAUUUCGGUGGCUUCGCGACCAAGUACAUUAAGGGCAAAUUCUUCAUGGACGUUCACCCCCCAUUGGCGAAAUUACUCAUUGCGCUUUUCGGAUGGCUCGCUGGAUUUAACGGCAACUUCGACUUCAAGGAGAUUGGAAAGGAUUACCUCGAACCAGGCGUCCCAUACGUGGCUAUGCGGUUGUACCCAGCUAUUUGUGGUAUUUUCUUGGUCCCGACUAUCUUCUUGACUCUUAAGGCUGUUGGUUGCCGUACGGCUACCGCUGCCCUAGGUGCCGCAUUCAUCAUCUUCGAGAACGGUCUUCUUACGCAAGCCCGCCUCAUCCUGCUCGACUCUCCCCUUGUUGCCGCGACCGCAUUUACCGCCCUCGCCUUCACGUCGUUCACCAACCAACAUGAGCAGGGACCUUCAAAAGCCUUCGAUGCCGGGUGGUGGUUCUGGCUUGUCAUGACAGGCUUGGGAUUGGGAAUUACUGUCAGCAUAAAAUGGGUCGGUCUUUUCACAAUUGCCUGGGUUGGAUCGUUGACCCUCGUGCAACUGUGGGUGCUCCUUGGUGACACGAAGACUGUCACUAUGCGCAUCUUUGCGAAGCACUUCCUAGCUCGCGCCUUCUGCUUAAUCAUCAUCCCUGCUACUUUCUACAUGUCCAUGUUUGCCAUUCACUUCCUUUGCUUAACCAACCCCGGCGACGGCGAUGGAUUCAUGAGCUCCGAGUUCCAGGCUACCCUGAACAAUAAGGGUAUGCAAGAUGUGCCCGUUGACGUUGCUUUCGGCAGCCGUGUCACUAUCCGACACGUCAACACCCAAGGAGGGUACCUUCAUUCGCAUCCUUUGAUGUACCCGACUGGCAGUCAGCAACAGCAGAUCACUCUCUACCCUCACAAGGACGACAACAACAUAUUCCUAAUGGAGAACCAGACGCAACCAUUAGAUGUCAAUGGUGAGGCUAUUAACGGAACUCAUGCUUGGGAUACUGUACAGAACAUUACCGAGAACUACAUCAAGGAUGGUGAUGUGAUUCGACUAUAUCAUCUAGCUACUCACCGCCGUCUGCACUCUCACGACGUUCGACCCCCUGUUUCCGAAGCCGAAUGGCAAAAUGAAGUCUCUGCCUAUGGAUACGAAGGAUUCACAGGUGACGCCAACGAUCUAUUCCGUGUUGAAAUUGUUAAGAAGCAAUCUCUCGGAAAUAUCGCUAAGGAACGUCUUCGCACAAUCCAGACCAAGUUCAGACUCGUUCACAUUAUGACUGGUUGCGUCCUCUUCUCUCACAAGGUCAAGCUGCCGGAUUGGGCAUCUGAGCAACAGGAAGUCACAUGCGCAAAGGGCGGCACCCUUCCCAACAGUUUGUGGUACAUCGAGUCCAACACGCACCCGCAGUUGGCCCAUGAUGCCGAGAGAGUCAACUACGUCAACCCUGGAUUCUUUGGCAAGUUCUGGGAACUACAGAAGGUCAUGUGGAGAACAAACGCUGGUCUGGUCGAGUCUCACGCUUGGGAUUCCCGUCCCGAGUCCUGGCCUAUUCUUCGUCGUGGUAUCAACUUCUGGGGUAAAGACCACCGCCAGAUCUACCUAAUAGGUAACCCCAUCGUAUGGUACACUUCGACUCUUGCCGUAGUCAUCUACGUGCUCUUCAAGGGUAUCGCAGUUCUUCGAUGGCAACGCAGCUGCAACGACUACUCCAACGCUACUUUCAAGCGAUUCGAUUACGAAAUCGGAACCUCGGUACUCGGAUGGGCUCUACACUACUUCCCAUUCUUCCUGAUGCAGCGUCAGCUCUUCUUGCACCACUACUUCCCCGCUCUCACUUUUGCCGUUAUGGCGUUCUGCCAAAUCUUUGACUUUGCUACCGCUCGAUUCUCCGUCUUUAACAUCAAGAACAAUCCCAUUAUCAAUAAGGCUGGUGUGAUUGCACUACUAGCUAUUUCCGCCGUUGUUUUUGCCCUCUAUUCGCCUCUCGCCUACGGAAACGCUUGGACGAAGAACGAAUGUAACCGUGUGAAGUUAUUUGGCACCUGGGACUGGGAUUGCAAUACUUUCCUUGAUAGCUACGAUGCCUACUCGGGACUAGGUGCGGUUCCAAGCCAGAUCACUCAAACAUCCCAAGCCGCUGUAGCCAACGACCAGCCACCAGCCCAACAACCGAUAGUCGAAAACAAGCAGGAUUCCCCAAAGGCGGGGAUCUCGGGGGCUCCCAAGUUCGAGCCCCAGGGUCAGAAGGUGGUCGGACGGGAGGAACGAAUCGAGUACCGGGACCAAGACGGCAACCUCCUCAACGAAGAACAGGUGAAGGCGCUCGAAGGAAAGGUCGAAUUCAAAACCAAGUACGAAACGAGAACGCGCGUCGUCGAUGGGAACGGCAACGAAGUAGAAGUGCCGAUAGAGCAGCUAGACGCCGCGGGCGUGGCACCGCCGCACCCGGACGUUGAGGGAGCCAACCAGGAGACUAAGAAGUUGGUCAAGGAUGAUGAAAUUCCCAAGGAGGCAUCAUCGAGUAAGGACGGUGAGAAGGAGGCCGAGAGAUCUAUUCCGAAACCGGCCAGUGAAGGCAACGAGGCUACAGUCUAAGCAUCUCGGCCCGUCACUCCCACUUCCUAAUUUGACGUCACGUCCUACCGUGUUAUAAAAUCAUGACGAAGAAAAUCCCCACUGGUGUUUGGUUCCUUCCGAAGUUUAAGCAUUUGGCGGGUUGGACGGGCGUGCCUAUCAGGCUUAUGUAUACCACCAUACUAAUGAAGAUCACGGAGGGGAUAAAAAUGUUGGGGAAAUGCGGAAUUGUAAACGCAGAAAAAUUAAGAGGAUACCUACCCACUUACUGGCCAGUUGGUUUUGAUUGUCUCAUGAGAAGAUAAAACUGUCAGUUAUACUUGCAGAUCGCAACCUAUUUCCUUUUAAUCAGAAGAUUCCACUACCAGUAUCUAUUUUCAAUCGGGUGAUUAAUCGUA